UGGACAUCGAUAUCUCAUGAUAAUUUUUUAUCUUACGUGUUUCACAUCGACGUUGUCAAACCUUUCAAAUUAAAGUGACCUAUCUUGUAUAAAAAGCCACAUUUGACCAAAAAGAGUUAACAACGUUUCAGUGAGCGUUAAGAAACAUCACAUAAAGGAUGAAAGUUAUAUUACUUCUCGCCAUGGUGGCGUUUGCAGCAGCAACGCCUGCCAUUAAGGAACAAUGGAGCUCUUUUAAGAGACAAAAUCGGAAAUCAUACAAAACCAUUGAAGAAGAACGUCUUAGGAUGAACAUUUUUACGCAUCGUAUGAAUAUGAUCGAAGAACAUAAUGCCAAAUUCGAAGCUGGUCUGGUUACUUACUCUAUGAGGAUGAAUUAUUUAGGAGAUAUGCUGCCAGAAGAAGUGACCCAGUUGGGAUUCAACAGGACAGGUGAGAUGAGGCAAGUUCCCAGCUUCACAUUCCUUCCUCCAGCAAACGUUGAAAUCCCAGAGUCAAUUGAUUGGAGGCAGUCUGGUGCAGUCACUCCAGUGAAAAACCAAGGUAGCUGUGGAUCAUGUUGGGCUUUCAGCAGUACUGGAGCCCUAGAAGGCCAGCUUUUCAGGAAGACUGGAAAACUUGUCUCUCUCAGUGAACAGCAGCUUAUGGAUUGUUCAAGGAGUUACAAAAAUAAUGGAUGUGGAGGAGGAUUAAUGGACUAUUCCUUCAGAUAUCUGGAAGAUGUAGAGGGAUUGGAAAGCGAAGAUUCAUAUCCUUAUGAAGGAAAAGAUAACAGAUGUAGGUACAACAAGGAUAAGGUAGUGCCAGGAACCAAAGUCAAAGCAUACACUGACAUCCAGUCCUUGGAUGACGAAGCUCUCAAGGCAGCCGUAGCUACAGUUGGACCCAUUUCAGUCUCAGUCAAUGGAGGAAACGUGGAUUUUUCUGUUCUAUGAUGAAGGUAUUUUUGACGCUGAAGCCUGCUUAGACCAUGUGGAUCAUGGAAUCCUUCUAGUAGGAUAUGGAUCAGAAAAUGGUGAAGACUACUGGCUCGUCAAGAACUCCUGGGGCUCAGAUUGGGGAGAAGAGGGAUAUAUGAAGUUGACGAGGGCCAAGAAGAACGCCUGUGGUAUCUCUACUGCUGCUAGCUAUCCCAUUCUUUUAUGAGGAGCAGAAAUGAGAUCAUUUGAACAAAUUCCUUUCUGCAGUAAUUUAUUUAAUUUUAUUUUUCCUAGCCUGAAUUUUUAGUAGUAUACAAGAUCCAUAAAAAUAUUUGUAUAACCAAUACUUG